UAAAAUCCGAAGCCUUUCCAUUCUCGGAUCACCAACCAACCUUCGCUCUUCCUACUAACAGAUGAGGUUUGAAUAUUGUUAAUUGUUGUUCGUUGAAGCUAAUUUAUGAUCAACCAUCCCUUCAUUAUCUGUCUUUUAAGUUUUUGAUAUUAAAUUGCGUGCUGUAGCCCUCAAUCUCGAACACCCAACUCCUUUUUUCAUUUCCCCUUUUCCCUUUUUUCCCUUUUCGCGACGAAGUUCAACGCUUCUCACUGUUGACUUAUUGGGCGCAAUCUGCUCGGCUCUCGUCCUUUUCAGAGCUGAGCGAAGUCAACUUUCGAUUGCUCAUUGGAAUUUCAACCGGCAUGUGGAAAACGAAACGGUAGAAAAAAAAAAAAAAAGUACUUUUGAGCUUUCAAAUUGAAGUUGUAGCUGUGUAGUACCAAAUCGGGUUAUUGUACUUCCAUGCAGUACAAAACAUUUUGGCCCGGUUUGGUAGGAUCUUGAAUUCCCACUCAAUAUAAGAAAAUUGGGGCUUCCUGUUUUUGUGCCGCGUAAUGUCAUUGGGGUGGUUGGUGGAGUUGUGAGAGACUGAGGAGUUUUGAAGAUCCCCUUUGGAAUAUAAUCGGGAGUCAAAGCAGCAUAGAGGACCUGAAGGUAGAAAAUCGAUGUUUGAAGGAGGGCAGUCAUCAGCCAUUUGCCUCCGUGUUUCCCUGGGCUGAAUCCUGAUUCAGUAUCUUGUUCAACAAAAAGGAAAACAGCCCCCCAAGUCAAAACUUUUGAAUUUUCAUCCUGAAGAACAAGAAGCCUGAAACUACGGUAUGUUCCUUUGUGGGGUUGAAUUUGUUGCCUUUAUUAUCAUCUGGUAUUGAACUAUAUUUAGACGUUACUUGCUUGAAACGAUGAAGAUUGUAGAUACCUGAAUCGGAUUGGAUUGAACAAUUUGGUUGUUCAAAUGAGGAACUCGAGCCUCGAAGUGCAAGAAAUUGAGAGUGCUGAAACUGUAGACGAAGAGAAGACUAGAGAUGAGGCGGAGGAUAUAAAAAAACUGGCACCUUGGACUAGACAGAUUACAGUCCGGGGUGUUAUUGCAAGCAUAGCAAUAGGAAUCAUGUACAGUGUAAUAGUGAUGAAGCUUAAUCUUACAACAGGUUUGGUCCCAAAUUUGAACGUCUCGGCUGCUCUUAUUGCCUACGUCUUUAUAAAGACAUGGACUACGCUGCUUGAGAAAGCUGGAAUUGUAUCCACUCCCUUUACACGACAGGAAAAUACUGUAAUUCAGACAUGUGCUGUCGCUUGUUAUAGCAUUGCUGUUGGAGGCGGCUUUGGAUCCUACUUGUUUGGUUUGAGCAGGAAGACAUACGAGCAAGCAGGCAUAAACACAGAAGGAAAUCCUCCUGGAAGUACCAAAGAACCUGGAAUUGGUUGGAUGACUGCCUUCCUCUCCGUCAGCAGUUUUGUAGGACUUCUUGCCUUGGUGCCCCUAAGAAAGAUCAUGAUACUAGAUUAUAAGUUGGCUUAUCCCAGUGGAACUGCAACUGCUGUUCUCAUAAAUGGUUUCCACACACCAAAAGGAGACAAGAUGGCGAAGAAGCAGGUUCAUGGAUUCAUGAAGUACUUUUCAUUCAGUUUUCUCUGGGCUCUUUUUCAAUGGUUUUAUUCUGGGGGAGACAAAUGUGGAUUCUCACAGUUUCCUACAUUUGGAUUGAAAGCUUGGAAAAAUUCGUUCUACUUUGAUUUCAGCUUGACUUAUAUUGGAGCAGGGAUGAUAUGCUCCCAUAUUGUGAACUUGUCGUUGCUUCUCGGUGCGGUUCUUUCUUGGGGCAUAAUGUGGCCCUUAAUGGAGGAACUUAAAGGGGAAUGGUAUCCUGGAUCUCUUCCACAGAGCAGUAUGAAAAGUCUCAAUGGUUACAAGGUGUUUGUAUCAAUUGCUCUGAUACUUGGAGAUGGGCUUUAUCAUUUCCUUAAGAUUCUGUAUUUCACUGCCUCGAGCAUGUAUGCAAAAGCAACCAACAAGAAGCUCAAAACAUUCCCGGAUGACAACCUGGUUCGAACUUUUGAUGAUCAUCGACGAAAUGAAGUAUUCUUAAGAGAUGGUAUUCCAAUAUGGGUGGCAGUUAUAGGGUACGUCUGCUUCUCCAUCGUCUCUAUCAUCGUAAUCCCGAUCAUGUUCCCGGAGGUGAAGUGGUAUUACAUAGCUGUUGCCUAUACUUUGGCACCUUCUCUUAGCUUUUGCAAUGCAUAUGGUGCUGGUCUAACUGACAUGAAUAUGGCAUAUAACUACGGAAAAGUGGCUCUGUUCGUGCUUGCUGCCAUGGCUGGUAAAAAUGAUGGUGUAGUUGCAGGACUUGUGGGAUGUGGUUUGAUUAAGUCUAUUGUUUCCAUCUCCUCUGAUUUGAUGCAUGAUUUCAAGACUGGCCAUCUCACACUCACAUCUCCAAGAUCCAUGCUUGUAAGCCAAGCUAUUGGGACAGCGCUAGGCUGCAUUGUAGCUCCUCUCACAUUCUUUAUAUUCUACAAGGCUUUUGAUUUGGCCGACCCAGAUGGUGAAUAUAAGGUCCCGUAUGCCAUCAUAUACAGAAACAUGGCUAUCCUAGGAGUUGAAGGCUUCUCAGCUCUGCCCCAGCAUUGCUUGCAGCUAUGUUAUGGGUUCUUCGGCUUUGCCAUAGCAGCCAACUUGAUGAGAGAUUGUAUCCCUGAAAAGUUUGGUAAAUGGAUCCCACUACCGAUGGCCAUGGCUGUGCCUUUCCUUGUUGGUGCAUAUUUCGCAAUUGAUAUGUGCAUUGGUAGCUUGAUCGUGUUCGUGUGGCACUAUCUAAAUAGUCAAAAGGCAGGAUUGAUGGUUCCAGCCGUUGCCUCUGGUUUGAUAUGUGGAGAAGGUUUAUGGAUUCUUCCUUCAUCAAUUCUUGCCUUGGCUAAGGUCCAUCCCCCAAUCUGCAUGAGCUUUUUCCCUUCCAGUAAAAGUUGAAUCUAGAAAGAGAGUAUUAGAUAUAAACUUUGUAGUAUAGAUAGAAUUUUAUGCAUAACUCAAGAUGUAGAGAAGCUGCAAACUCUUGUUGUAUCCGCCUGUAUUAGUUAAAGCUUAAUAAAAUAUUUUAUGGACGAAUUGAAUCAAA